AUGGGGACGCCUGGAGCUGCAGUGCGGAGCAUCCGUCCCUAUGGGUCCAGCCAGCAGUACCUGUAUGCCAUGAAGGAAGACUUGGCCGAGUGGCUGAAGGAGCUCUAUGGGCUGGAUAUUGAGGUGGGCACCUUCCUGGAGGUGCUGGAGACGGGGGCUGUGCUCUGCUCCCAUGCCAACCACAUCACCCAUGUGGCUGAGGACUUUGCUCACACCUGUCCCAGUGCAGCCCAGCACCUCCACCUGCCCACUGUCGGUGUCAGCUGCAACCCAGCAGCACAACCAGGCACCUUCCAGGCCAGGGACAACAUCUCCAACUUCAUCCACUGGUGCAGGAAGGAGAUGGAUAUCAACGACGUCCUGAUGUUCGAGACGGAGGACCUGGUGCUGAGGAAGAACGAGAAGAACUUUGUGCUGUGCCUGCUAGAGCUGGCACGCCGUGCUGCCCGUUUUGGCAUGUGUGCCCCCACUCUGGUGCAGAUGGAAGAGGAGAUCGAGGAGGAACUCCGCCAGGAGAUGGACCUGCCUCCUGCAGACAACCCCCUGCCCCGUCCCCCCAGAAAACCCCGGGACCUCCACAACCUUGACCAGAUGGUCCAGCACCUGGUGAGCCGCUGUACCUGUCCUGUCCAGUUCCCCAUGAUCAAAAUAUCAGAAGGGAAAUACCGUGUGGGUGACUCCGACACCCUCAUCUUCGUUCGGAUCCUGAGGCAGCACGUCAUGGUGCGGGUCGGGGGCGGCUGGGACACCCUGGAGCACUACUUGGACAAGCACGACCCGUGCCGCUGCACCUCGCUCUCCCACAAACAGCUCUCCAGGACCAGAUCCUCCCAGCAGCCGGUGCAGCACGAGGUGCAGCUCUGCGCAGCUCCUCCGGCCCCUGGCCGCACUCACCCCACUCUGCUGGUCAGUCGCUCACAGAGCCCGCUGCCCCCCGUCACCUGGGCACCCCACGGCCACCGCCACCACCCCCGGACCCCCACCACCCCCAGCCCCCGCCAGGAACCAGCACAGCCCCGGAGGGUUCCUUCGUGCAGGACACCGACACUGAGGUCACCUGCUCGAACCACCUCCCUCGGGCAUGGGGCUGCCCAGCGGGCACCCACCCCAUCCCAGGACACUGUGGGGACCCCCAAGAAGCCACAUGGGAACCCCCCAAAGUCAGCAGCACAGAGUAGGGGCACAGCCUCCAGUGGGCACCACUUGGCACCACCACGUCCCAGGAGCACUCAGCAAGGAGGUGGCUCAUCUGGGGCAGCUUCCAGGCAUGUGGGGGUCCCCACCACUGUGACGCCCCGAACCCACAGCCCCAUCAAAACCUGUGCCCCCAGUCUGCAGCAGAGUGCCCACAGAGCAGUGCAGAGCAGGAAAAGCUCCAAGGAAGGGAACUGGAGAGCCCUUGGACGUAGCCAUCCAUCUUCACACCCAAAUUCCCAGAGUCAACCUCCAAAGCAGGACAGCAACAUUAAAACUCAGACGAAAACCAGCUCAGCCAUCUGCCGGCCCCCCACCCCUCUGACCCAUUUUGCAAAUGGAUGUGAGAGCUGUGCUGCUGGGGAGAGUCCCCAGUGUCCCCCCCCGAGCCCAAUACCCAGGGACACUGAGAGCCCCACAGUGCCAGGGAAGGUCUGCAGCCACAACACGGAUGUUUCAGGGCUGCGGGGGUACUGGGGGCACUCUCAGCCCCCUGACUAUGGGAAGGUGCUGGAGGAGCUCACCCGCAACCGGCAGCCCCUGCGUCCUGUGGGAAUGGGCAACAGAGUGUCCUCAAAGCCCUCAACCUCACAGUGUGCCAAUAUCCCAGCCGGGGGGUCCAUGGAAGGGCCAGUCGUGGGGGACCAGACCCCGCGGAGCACUGUGCCCAAAGCCCGGCGGUGCCUGAAGAAACCCGAGCGUGUGCCCUCCAUCUACAAGCUGAAGCUGCGGCCCAAGGUGCGUCCCCGGCGGGAUCACCGGCCUGGCAAGGGUCCUUCACGCAUCCCCACCCCACUGGGGCAGCACCGUACCCGGGGCCAGCAUCGCCCCACAGCCCCCCCAAAGCCACCACAGCCCAGGGAUGCCAAGCCCUCAUUGAGUGACAGCGGUGCGUGGCUCACUGAGGAUGAUGAGGAGGCGUGGGUCUGA